AUGCGGCGGGACCGCGUCCCCGACGUGAAGGGCGCACAGCCCCACUAUCGCAGCGCUUCUCACAUCCCACUGCACUCCCAGUGUCCCGCCUGGACCGUGGCGAGAGCGCUCGGUCCCCACCGCACCGCCCCUCCCGUCGGGGCCCGCCGGUGCGCUCCCAAGCUCGAUCUCUCGGCCGGCGACUGCUCCGGCCUUGCGCGGGGAUCGCUUAGUGCUGCCUUCCCGCCCCCACGUGCGCCACAGCCAUGGCGGCCCCCGUGCGGGUCGGGAGCGCUGCCCCGGUGCCCGCCAAAGGUGGGCUGGGACCGGCUCCGCGCGGGGCUCCCGGUGCUGCUACCGCGCGCUGUGUUGGUUGCCUCAACGCGGGAGGCCGGGCCGGUGGCGGGAGGUGGCUCCGCCACCGUCCCGGCCACCCCCGCCGCCGGCCCGGCCCAGCUGGCCCUUUGUCGGUUGUCCCGUGGGCCGUGCGGGGAGGGUUUGGUGGCUCAUGCACUCACAGAGUUUCAUACUGCGGUGCUUUCUGGGCUAAAAAAAGCCUUCUUGUUCCCCCAAAAAGCGCUAGCAAUCUGUCCCCGCGAAGGGCAGGACGCCACCCCUUUUUUCCCUGCUUGUCCCAAGGAGUUUGAGCACAGCGACCCUUCUUCCCGCUUGACUGGCAUGAGGACAGCAAGGCUGCUGCUGGCCCAUGGCGAGCGGGGGCGCUGCGCUCUGACGGCUCCUUCGGGUCCCCCCGUUUGUCCCAUAGCCCGAGCGCGGCACGUGGCCCAGCAGAUCCCCGAGGAGAUCCUCGGGAACCCGGAGCUGCGGGAGGCGGCGGAGGCUCUGCCCCCCAACUACAACUUCGAGAUCCCCAAGACCAUCUGGCGCAUCCGGCAGGCUCAGGCCAGGAAGGUGGCCCUGCAGAUGCCAGAAGGGCUCCUCAUGUUUGCCUGCACCAUCGCUGACAUCAUUGAGCGAUUCACGGAUGCAGAGGCAGUGGUGAUGGGUGACGUGACCUACGGCGCCUGCUGCGUGGACGACUACACGGCCCGGGCCCUGGGCGCUGACUUCCUGGUGCACUAUGGACACAGCUGCCUAAUUCCCAUCGACUCCACACAGGGGCUGAAGAUGCUCUAUGUGUUCGUGGACAUAAAGAUCGAUGCUUCCCAUUUUCUUGAGACUAUUCGCUUCAACUUCACACCGGGCACCUCCCUGGCCCUGGUCAGCACCAUCCAGUUCGUCUCCACGGUGCAGGCAGUGUCACAGGAGCUGCGCUCCCAGUACAAGGUGUGUGUGCCCCAGUGUAAGCCACUGUCCCCAGGAGAGAUCCUGGGCUGCACGUCACCCCGGCUUGCUCAGGACACAGAUGCCAUUGUGUAUUUGGGCGAUGGGCGCUUCCACAUGGAGUCCAUCAUGAUUGCCAACCCAGGGAUACCUGCAUACAGGUACGAUCCCUACAGCAAAGUGUUCUCACAGGAGCACUACAGCCACGAGCGCAUGCACCGCGCCCGGCAGGACGCCAUCCACACUGCCACCAAUGCCCGCUGCUGGGGACUCAUCCUGGGCACACUGGGACGUCAGGGCUCCCCCAGCAUCCUAAAGCACCUGGAGUUGCGUCUCCGUGCCCUGGGCCGGCCCUAUGUGCGGGUGCUGCUGUCUGAGAUCUUCCCCAGCAAGUUAAAGCUCUUCCCAGAGGUGGAUGUGUGGGUGCAGGUAGCCUGUCCUCGGCUCUCCAUUGACUGGGGAGAAGCCUUCAGCAAGCCACUGCUGACACCCUAUGAGGCUGCAGUGGCUCUCCAGGACAUCGAGUGGCAGCAGCCUUAUCCCAUGGACUUCUACGCCAGCCAGUCCCUGGGGCCGUGGACAGUGAACCACGGUGGCACACAGCCCCCCCGCCGCGGGCGGCCGGCACAGGGGAAGCCACCCGCGCCCCCCGCCCCGCCCGAGGGUGAGGAGCAGCCAAGCUCCGGGGGCCCCGCAGCCUCCUGA